GGCUCCGGGCGGCCGUGACCCUGCUGGAGUCCGGGGGGGACCUCCAGCCCCCCGGGGGGUCCCUGCGCCUCCUCUGCCGAGGGCAAGGAUUCACCUUCGGGGAUUUUGGGAUUUCCUGGGUGCGCCAGAAACCCGGGAAGGCGCUGGAAUGGGUCGCAGGGAUCAGCAGCACCGGUGGCAGCACCAGAUACGCGCCAUCGGCGCGUGGCCGGUUCAGGAUCUCCAGGGACAACGGGCAGAGCUCGGUGACGCUGAGCAUGAACAACCUCCAGGACGAGGAUUCCGGGAACCAGCAGAAUGGUCCAGAACCUCGGGACCCUCAGGGUGGAUCCAGAACCUUCCGGAAGAACCUCAGGACCCCCCGGGACACGCCCGGAUCCGGCUUUGCCUCAUCCCCAUCUCCCCUUUUUCCCGCAGGGCUCCGGGCGGCCGUGACCCUGCUGGAGUCCGGGGGGGACCUCCAGCCCCCCGGGGGGUCCCUGCGCCUCCUCUGCCGAGGGCAAGGAUUCACCUUCGGGAGUUUUGCGAUGAUGUGGAUCCGCCAGAAACCCGGGAAGGCGCUGGAAUACGUCGCAGAGAUCACAUAUAAUGGUGGUUACACGUACUACGCGCCGUCCGUGCGUGGCCGGUUCACCAUCGCCAGGGACAACGGGCAGAGCUCGGUGACGCUGAGCAUGAACAACCUCCAGGACGAGGACUCCGGGGUUUAUUUCUGUGCCAAAGCCGCUGUGGCUGGCUGGGAUGCUGAUGCUGGUUAUGGUGACGAUGCCGGUGCUGUCCCAGCCCCCAUGUGCCCCGGAUAA